AUGAGGAUUUGCCUGUUGCUGCUGCUGCUGACGACCUCAUUAUGGCAACGAAUCACAGCAUAUUCGAAUGAUUUAUUCGCACAGCAACGCAUCACAUACCGCAUCGAAGCCGAAAUGACGUUCGCAUUGCGUGAGCACGAGAAAAUCUCCUUUGUCAAUACGGGAGUAGAUGAAGCGACUCUUGAUCCGUGUUGCGAUUCCUUCAAAGUUUUCGUAAACGGGAAAUUGGUGAUCAAUUUAGCCAGUUCUCAAGCCGGCCCCGGAGAAACCUGGUGGGAAUACAAAGCAAUCAGAGAUAGAACAGAAAUCCGUGUUGCAUACAUCCGCGGUGUGGGCAGUGAUCCGGGCCUGAAAGGAACUUACUACAUCACAUGCGAAAAGCCGUGUAAUUUCGGGACAUGCGAAGUGAACAGAUAUUACGGGGCUCAUUACUACGAUAAUGAACCGUUAUUGUGCAAGUGCUUUGAAAAUUACGGCGGGAAAGACUGCAAUGUGACUACAGCUCCGAAAGCAACGGAAGGAGUGUUGAUACCUUACACUUCCGGCGAAGGAACGAGCAGUCGUUGGGAUUUCCAACUCCAUCCGAAUGAACUCAUCACGUUCGGAUUGCACGAUAUCAAAACAUCCGGGGCUUUGGUCUUAGUGUUGGUCAACAACGAAACCUCACUGUUGGUCAACAACAAAACUUCUUUCCCAACUAAAGAGGAAAUCCGGUUGAUGAAGGACAAUUUCACGGUUAUCUCGGGGGUAUCGGGCGGAAACGUCUCAGUGAGUUUGCAAUUUCCUCAAUAUUCAUAUUCAUCGUAUCAGCUGCAGUCGGAGGACGUCAGAACCGGGAAUCCAAGAAUAUCCUACAACAUUUCUUGCACCCCGGGGUACUGCAAAGGAGGCGACUGUCACACCAACAGAACCAAUACAACUUCAAACCCGCCCUUCUGCAAGUGCCAUGCGCAUUACAAGGGACCGAGAUGCGAACAAACGGUGCACGAUUGUCCUCUGGAUUGUUCCGAGAACUCGGAAUGCGUUUGGACAGGGGAAAGGUACACUUGCAAAUGCCUCAUUCAAGGAUUCGUUCACAACGGGACCGAAUGCAUCGACAUAAACGAAUGCGAAUCCCCAGAAAACCCCUGUUCAUCAACAGAGAUCUGCGUCAACACCCCGGGAUCCUACGAAUGCAAAUGUCCACCAGAUCACCAAGCGUUGCAGACCUCGGCCGGAAUCGAUUGCGUGUUCAGUGGUUGUGCUUUCCCAUGGAAUGAGUCCAAGGAUAGGAAGUGUUACCUGACUGAAGGUUCCCGAAAAACUGCAAAAAAUGCCUCGGACUACUGUGGAACAUUCGGAGCAGCGUUGGUCAAGACAGAAAACAUGUCCCAAGUAGAAGAAAUCGGUUUGGCGUCCAAAUCAGCUCUGGUAUGGAUAAGUCUAACAGACAGCGAAGGAGAAGAGGACAACUGGAAAUGGGACAACACUGCUCAAUCCAGCUCGCCAAAUUUUUCCAACUGGGGACCUGGUUUCCCAGACGGCUCAGCAGAUUUUGCCGUCUUGUACCCCAACAGAUGGACCACGAAAUUUCGGAAUUGCAAUGCCAAAAAACGCUUCAUUUGCGAAACCACGGACCCGUUUUGUCCUUCCGAGUGGAUCAGGCUCGAAAAUGUUCCCGGGAAGUGCUUCUUCCAAUCGAAAACCGUCUGCAGUCACAAAGAGGCUGUAAAAAAGUGUUCUCAAGCCGCAGCUUACGGCAAAUUGGCAGUGUGGAAUAACGAAACGUUUUUGAAUUUCAAGCCUACCUUUUGGGACUCUGUCAUAGGCGAAGGUUCCGCUCAAUUCUGGGUGAAACACACAAUUUGUGGAGGCAUCUCCAAUUGCACUAUGCUCUUCGAAACAGCCUUUGACCCAUUCCUAGUGGCUAAAGAAAUCUUUGACAAUUUAGGAAGCAUAUUUCGGAACAAAACUCAAGAUCAAACAGAAGACAUCUUCCAGGAUAAAAGUUGCGCCUACAUUUUCCCAAACAAAUGGGCCGACUACAACCAUGACAAAAGCAUGUUCAGAAAUAGUCCUGGUCCAGCCGUUGCAUGUCAACGUCGGACAUCUUAUAAACUACUGAAGAAUUUAGACAAAGUGGGAACUCAUUUUGAACCAUCCGGUUUUCCCAGGACAACAGAAAUGGCAAUGACUAAUGUGGUCAACUCAAUAAAACCACCAGAAAAAGUCAGCACCAGUAUGUACACUAAUGUGGAACAGACAACAGAGAGCAUUCAAACUGAGGUGGUCUCAGAACUUGGCUGAAGGCAAAUGUGAUUAGCAGCUGCUGCACCAUUCAAUCAAUUGUAGUGUAUGAUGUUCCUCAUGUAUUACAUGAGACACUGUGGAUGUAUGACUUACAAUUUCAAAUUUCAUUUGUGAGCACAUAAAAUUUUCUUUUUAGCUCUUGCA